AUGAGGGACUCCUGUAGAAGAAACUAUCACCCUGGCCAGGAAAUCGCCAUUGAUGAGAAUGGUUUGCUUCAAAGCCCGCGCACUGGUCUGAAACAAUACAUGAAAAACAAGCCUGUUCGCUGGGGUUAUAAACUCUUUGUUCUGGCAGACUCCAGGAACGGUUAUACAUGGGACUUUUUUGUUUAUGAGGGAAAGUGUCAGGGAAACAGUGGUAAGGGACUCAGUUAUGAGGCAGUGAUGGAGCUAAUUGAUGUACAGUUGCUGGGCACUGGCUAUAAGGUCUUUGUGGACAAUUUUUAUACAAGUCCAAUCCUGUUUCGUGACCUCCUUCUUAAGAGGAUCUGGGCAUGCGGAACCAUCCGCACAAACAGAAUCGGAUUCCCAAGGUCAAAGGUCAACAUUCUGGUCUCAAAAUCUCCCCGUGGCAGCAUACGCUGGAUCAGGAAUGGCUCCUUGCUCUUUGUUCAGUGGCGAGACACAAGGGAUGUUUUUCUGUGCUCAACUCUCCACAGGGCCCACGCAGAGGACACAGUGCAGAGGAGGGUCAAAGGUGCAGAUGGGCAGUGGCAGCUGAAGGACGUCUCAGUUCCACCAGUGGUGAAGGACUACAACCGGUGCAUGGGUGGAGUGGACCACUCAGAUGCCCUCAUAGGGUAUUACAAAGUCCUGCAAAAGACCCAACGGUGGUACAAGACUCUGUUUUACCACUUCAUGGACAUCGCACUUGUGAACGCCUUCCUCCUCCAGAAGGACCUUGCCAAUUGGUAA